AAGCGGCAGCGAACAACGGUUCAGUCGGUCGCCGAGCAGCGGUUGUUGCGUGCUGUCCGUCCCGUGUGCCUGCCCGCCAGCCAAGAACAGUUAACUCUGGCUUGGGAUGCUCCGCAAGGAUUAUACCUCGCUCGGCGUCUGUCUUCGCUAAACGAAACUCGAUCCCACCUGUUACUUCGCGAUUCACCUCCCAGUGUGUGUCGUCAAUUGUUCCAUUUUUUAAAUUUUAUGUUUUUCUGUGGAAUUGUGUGACCUUGAGCUUCUAGACCCUUCCGUGAGCCCCCGAGGGAUACAUUAUCAAAUUACUUACCCCACAAAUUUGACCUAAGAUAGUCGUGGGCUCAAUUUUCUUUUUCUUUUUAUUUUUGUUUUGUGUUGGUGCGCAGCAACGUUGCCGCGAGACUAGUCCCCUUGAGGCUGUGUGACCAUGUUAAGGAGCCGCUCCGCGGCCGGGACAGAAGGUAACUGUUGAGGAAUCGCUCGUUUCGGUGCAGUGAGUGAAUCGCGAAGAUGCCUAAAAUCUUCCUGAUAAAGAACCGGCUGCACCUGCAGCAGCAGCGCCUGCUCGAGUCGCAGAAGCGCGCCACCGAGGAUGCGCCCGCUCUGAGCCCGCCCGGGUCGCCGCUAUCGGAGAGCCAGCAGCACCAGGCGCAGCCGCUGUCUCUCAUUGUGUGCAAAUCGCCGUCUCAGCCAUCGGCGCAGCAGAAGCAACCGCCGAGAGCCUCCGCAACAGAUGGGAAAUGCGAUGCAGAUGGCGACAGCAAGUCGUCCUCUUCCCCGGGCCCAGAGGGUUCUCGGGCUGUGACACCGGGUGUCGGCGUCAGCACAGGUGUGGGCUCCGGUGACGGUGAUGCCAGGCCGCCUACUCCUGCGACCAAACCUAACGCUGCUAGUGACGACAAACCACACCGCUUCUACUCGUCCCUAUUGGGUGCAGACCUGCAGCAGGCAUCCACUACCUCUGCUAACGGUGGAACCCAACGCGCCCACGUACUGACACGUGCCGAACGCAAGGAAUAUGCUGGUGUUGCAACAGCUCCGCCACCACCUCCACCACCUUCUGCUCCACCGUCAGAGGACUCGGUGUCAUCACCACCACCGCCACCUCCAGGUACUGGCACUCCUAGUGCAGGUGCAGUACCAGAUGCUGGUAUCACCCCGACACCACCACCGGCUGCCGCCGAGCGCGUAUCGGUCAUUCAGCGUGCGCCCACAUCUGCUCCCAGUAAUGCUCCUGAGUUAGGCCCUGAGCAGGAUGCACCAAUAGACUACCACGUGCCCAAGAAGAGAGACGGGUCUGCCACAGAUCAGGAUACCUCCCAGAUCGACGACAGGAGGGCUCGACCACGUUUCCAGUUGUUCAAAGUGGGAGGCAGGUUACCACCUCUUCCCAUUCAGCACCUCCUGGCUCGCCACGGUGCAGGAACUCCUCGCACAGCGGCUGCUGGUCACGGCCAUAGCAGUAGCCGUGGUAGUGGUGGUGGUGGCAGUAGUGGAGGCAGUGGAAGUUCAUCUGGAAGUGGGUCCUCGGGAGGCAGUCUCGGUGGCUACUCGGGUGGUGGCAGCCUCGGAGGUGGUGGUGGCGGCGUUUUGGGUGGUGGCGGAGGAGGCGGUGGCUCGAUGAACCCGGGAGGUGGUGGUGGUGGACACCGUGGUGGUUCCAAUAUGUAUGGGCCCAAUAGUCCUCCUACAGGUUCACUUCCUCCAUUCUAUGAGAGCCUGAAAGCUGGUAGCCUUGGUGGUGGUGCAGGAAGCAAUGGUAAUGGCUUGGGAGGUGUAUUUGCUCAGCAUUAUGCAAAUUACUCUCUGCUAGGUCCACUUGCAAUGGACUGUGACACUGGGCAACACCACCACCAACAGCAACAACAGCAGGAUAUAUACAAUCAGCAGAAGCAAUACUCUCUCCUUCAGAAUGUAUGUGAAUCAUAUGGCAUAUCUUUCAAAGAGGAGGAGGAGGAUGAACUGAGUGAGUAUGUUGCUGCAGCAGUGGCUGCACAGCAGCAAGAGCAGCAGCAGCAACAACAACAACAGCAGCAGCAGCAGCAAAAUCAACGCCAGCAAGUGGUUCCUAAAGUUGAGGGCAGUGUCUUGCCUCCUGUUCAUCUGCUUGGUGCCCCUCAGCAUACAUACAAUAUGUUCAGUGUGGAUACAGCUGCUGCAGCUGCAGCAGACCAGAUGGUGGUGGAUAUGGUGUCGGGAAGUGUUGUUGAUCCACUACCCUUCACAGCAACAUUAGCAUUUGCAAGCCCUGCACAUGACCACAAUGCUCUCAUUGCUUCUCUCUCUGAUGAUCUCUUCCUUCAACGGAUGUCUUCGCCAGAGGCUGAUGAUACAGAUGCUGCCAUGGAGAGCACAGGAAAUGCUGAUGCAAAUGGCCUACUGGAUGAUGACAGCCAAGCUCAGCAAGAUGUCAGUGGCAACAGCAGCAAUACAAAUAUUCCACCACCAGUCGAACCAAGUGUAGAUCCAUUUCCAGAACAUUGUCAGAAUGUACUUGGCCUUUCUACAUCUGCAGCUAACAACAAUGGACAGCGCAGUUUUGACACUUCACGUAAUUUUGCUGCACCCUCUCAAUUUGGAAAGAAUGGUGUUUCAUCCUCCUCCUAUGGAAAUGGAGAAAACAAUCCCUCAGGAAACAAUGUUGGCUAUAGUCCUCUCCCAAAGGAGCGUGCAGAGUUGGCGCUACAUAUAUCAUCAUCAGCUUCCCCUCCGACAGAUGCUACUUCUCCAGCCCCGGAUGCUGUGCCUCAUAUGCAGCAACUGCAGAUACAGGUGCAGAUGUCACAACAGCAGCACAUGGUCCAGCAGCAUUCAUCAGCUAGCUCACAGCUACAGCUGUCACCAGGGCUUUCAUCCUUCACAGCUGGUGGAGGCCUAGAGCUGCAUUCACCUGGGGCAGUUUCACUUCCAUCACCCGCCUCCUGCAGCCUCGAUGGAGCUGGCUCGGGACCUGGUUCUCUAUCACCACCUGCUUCAAUUUCUGGAGGACCAAGUCGCAGAACGGCAAACAGCUCAGAUGCAAAUACUGUGCAGACAGACAUCAGCAACAUACCAUCAUUGCAAGUUCGUGUUAACAUCUUGCAGCAAAGGCUUGGUUUGCCUGUGGAGGUGCCAUUGGAGUUUGUCAAUGGUGGUCAUGGCAUCAAAAAUCCAUUGGCAAACCAUGAAAUGACACCUGCAGUGCCUGGAGGAAGACCUUCUUCAAGGGCAGCCCAUGUUACAAAUGAUUCCGUGGAACGUCCUUCAGCCAAUCCUGAUGAUCCUACACGUUUUACAUGUCGUAUCUGCGCCAAAACCUUCAGUCUGCAGAGACUUCUCAAUAGGCAUAUGAAGUGUCACAGUGAUGUGAAACGUUACCUUUGCACUUUUUGUGGAAAAGGGUUUAAUGACACUUUUGACUUGAAGCGGCAUACCAGGACACAUACAGGUGUUCGCCCAUAUAAAUGCAACCUGUGUGAAAAAUCCUUCACACAGCGGUGUUCUCUAGAAUCUCAUUGCCUCAAGGUCCAUGGGGUUCAGCAUCAGUAUGCUUACAAGGAAAGGAGAACAAAGAUGUACGUGUGCGAGGAAUGUGGUCACACAACCAGUGAACCUGAAGUUCAUUACCUACACUUGAAAGACAACCAUCCAUACAGCCCAGCACUUCUGAAAUUUUAUGACAAACGUCAUUUCAAGUUUACAAAUGCAAACUUUGCCAACAUGCUUCUGCAAGUGCGAUCAUAAAGCAUUACCUUCAAUGUGACUUCAUGACAAGCUUAAUAACAGCUGAAGGAACAUAAAAGAGUGUGUGUGUGUGUGUGUGUGUGUGUGUGUGUGUGUGUCUUCUGUUAUGAAUAUGCACUGCUGUCAUUAUGCUGAAGAAGUUAACAGUUAACCAAAGACAACAGACCUUUUUGGAAAGUGAGUAAGAAUCUCAGUGAACAGAGAAACUUUAGAACAAUGACACGGUUGUGCACAUAUAAAUGUGGACUUGGUGAUAACCAUUCAUUGCGACUCUGUACUCGCAAUUGACAUCAACUAGCUGACUAUUGUUCUAAAGUACAGUAUUGCUUUGAGAGUUUGUAUUUUGUCUAAAUAUCAACUGGCUUUUUUCUAAAUGUCUUUUAGAUCACUAAUCAGUUUUAUGUUGACCUUUCUUUUAGAUUUUUAUAACAGGAAGUAAGGGGGUUGUGCAUUAAAGGCCUAUUGGUAAUCAGACAUUAUGUAAACUCUUUGUUAUAUGUUAAAAUGUUUCAAAAUUUAGCAUACUUCAGUAUUUAAAGUAUUUGUUAUGUAGUACAAUCUUGUAAGGUGGUAUUGAACUCAUAUUUUGUCAUCUAGUGGGAUUGUUAGUGUAUAUCUAUUGUGAUAAAAGUUGUUAGUGUACAGGAGGCAUUGAGAGUAGCAAUUCCAAAAUCAGUUUCAGAGCUCUAGAUAGUUUGUAUGACCAUAUGUGCAAUACAAUUCAUUUUCCACAACCAGAAGAAUGGAAAAAAAUAUUUUUUUUUUGUAAUAUCUGGACUGCUGCAACAAUCUUACCAGGAAAGUGGAUGUACUGAAUACUAUUUGUAUGUAGACUAUAUUUUUAAUUACAGACUUUAACAGUAUGUACCUGUGAUAUAUAUAUAUAUUACAUUAAUAUUUGUGAUAAGUACAAUUGAAAAUAAUAGAUAUUUAAUGAAACAAAAGACGCUACAUGUUGUGCUAUUUUUGGUGCAGUUAUUUGUUGUCUUGUUGAAAUGUUGUAUCUAAUAAUAUAAUUCAAAAAAACAUUGCAUGUUCCAGACUGUUCAUUACUAAAGUGAAAAGUAAACUUCACAAUUAAAGAAGACUUGAACUUGUGAGUUGACAUUGUUCAUUCACAAUUAGAAUACAUGUGGCUGAGGGAUGGUUACUUGUAAAUAAUGGGCUGGUAUUUGGUUGUGUAGGUCUGUAUAAACAGUUUCCUGUGUGGUGUGUAGCCACAAACAUGAUAAUCACACUAUGAAGUAUUCACAUUUUUGCAAAUGAAAUGUGUAAUAAAAUACAUUUCUGAAUUUGUCUUAAAAGUUCUCCAUUCUUAGUGAUAGUACAUUUUGUUAUAGGAAUGUUGCUGAAGGGCAAGAACUGGAAAAAAGUAAUCAGUUUAUUACACCUUAAGAAAUUUUUUCUUGUAUAUAAUUGGGAUUCAUCCACCACUGAAUGGUUAUAAUAGAGCCAGGUUGUAACAGAAAAGUCUGCCAGACUAUUUAUUUAAAUUCUGCACAAUCUUACAGGAAGCAUAAAAUAUGGGUUGUACACACUUGUGUAAGUAAACUGUAGCCAUAAUAUAUGCUUGGUAUCAUUUCUUAAAACAAAAAGAAAUGGAUUUUAGGAUCAAAUGUUCACAUUUCAGGGAAAAAAUAUGUAUCAUACAUACGUAUUCAUUAAACUGUACAGGGUUAUAUCUGAAUCUGUAUUACAAAGCAGACUGAUAUCAUGACACAUACAGUUCCUGGGUAGAAGCAAAGACAUCCGUGGGUAGGUGGAAAGAUUCUGUUUUGCCUUUGCAUUACCUCAUUCUUUCUAAUCACAUCAGUGAAAAAGUGUGCAUGGAAAAUAAAUUACUUGAUAAAGCAAAAAACUUAAAGGUUCAAACACUUAGAUACUGACGUGUGUUGUGGUUUCUUUCUUCCUGGAAGGCUACAUCUAAAAAGGUGUACAGUUUUGCAUGGACUUGCAAUUUUACAGUGUAACAGAGAAGUACAUAUUUUGUGAAAUUCAGCAUGGGCAAUAAAAUUGUAACAAAUGUCUAUAAAAAUCACAGGCUUAUUGCAACAUGGUAAAAAAAUUACAAUACAUGCUACAGUCCAUUUGAAUAAAAAGUGACUUGACAACUGUGUAGUUUGCAUGCAAAAGUUAUGGUAAAAUGUAACUAUGGCAUAUGUGCUGAUUUGAGUAAUUUUUUGACAUGUGAGCAAUGGCUGUAGUUGAAACUGAAAUUGUUCUUAAUUUAUUUCAACGUGGAAAAUAUAUUCAUAAAAAUACAUCCAAAACUGAAACCUGCAGAAAAGCAUUGCAAAUAUUAUAAGUAAUGUAAAUUUCAGUGCUUGUAUUUAUUACUUAAUUAAAGGAUUGUUAACAAAUGACUCUUGUUCAACACUUACUAGGAAGGCUAGGCUAGUCUUGUCUAAGUAUGUAUAGUUGCUCCACGUACAAGAUUUACUUUCAGAGUGUUAGCUGCAGCUAGUUUGUCUUUAAAGAUAAUAUCUUUAAGCAGCAUUUAUAAAAGAGAAAGAGUGUGUGUGUGUGUGUGUGUGUGUGUGUGUGUGUGUGUGUGUGUGUGUGUGUGUGUAGCCCCUAAAGUACUAACAAUGGUUUUUCUGACCAAAAGGCCAAUUUAACUAAUAUCAGCAUGUUUUAUAUUCUACUCUGGCUGUAACUUGUUAAUGUAUCUGAUACCACCAACUACUUUUGUUUGAUAAGGAUAGUUUCCACCUACUUACAUAAUGUUGUACUAAAAGUAAUAUCUGUUACCUCUGUGAUUUCUAGUUCAUACUUUCUUUCCACCUUCCUAUAUGCUCUUAGAGAUGUGUCUAUUUAAUUGCAUUGGUUAUGAAGAGAGCUUCCAACAUCAGUUUAAAUUGAAUGGUUGCAAGUCGAUGCAAAUAUCUUGAUAUUUCAAAGUAAACCUGCAAUAUUGUACUGAAUUCAGAUUGUUUAUUUUUAAUCCUUAUUAACACCAGAUUUACUCCUGACACGGUCUCAAGCUAGCCAGAGCAUUAGAUACAGGAAAAAACCCUACGUUUAAGACUGGUCUAAACUUAAUCUG